UUCUUAUUUAUUUCGUACACAUAAAACGAUUUUUCAACUUCUAUUUUCGAAACGAUACUCUUUAUUUAUUUAUUUAUUCUAUAAAAUGUGUCCCUUAGACAACGCGGAGAGAUAUUUUACUAGAGUUCGCUCAAAAUAUCGUGGAAUUGAUGGAGAUCUCAUCAAAAUCUUAGCAGAGAGGAAGACACCCGAAGACGCUAUUUGUUUGGGAGAUCUUAAAGACCUAUACAGAAUCAAUACAGAAGACACGUUUCCACCGAGCAUGUGCAUUCCAAGAGCCAGGCAAUUCUUACUGACGAUACCGAACAUUGCAACAUUUCGCAAUGCAGAUGGAGUUCCUUAUUUUUAUAGCUUGCGUUAGUCAUGACUACAUAUAUUUCAAACUAUGUAUAUUCAUAUUUCUAGAAACAAAUAUUUUUUAUAAAUUUUGAUUAGUGUAGUUUUUAAGAUACUUAUUAAAUAUA